AGAGAGAGAGAGAGAGAGAGAGAGAGAGAGGGAACGAAGAGAGGCAAGGCGGGAAGUGGAGCAAAGAUCAUUCUUGGAGGACCAUGCCCAAGCUGAACAUUGUUGUUGUGACCAAGGACGGCGAACGUAGUGUGCAUGAUGAGGUGCAAGUGACCAACAAGCUGCCAUUGCAUGAGCUUAAGGAGAGGACGCUGAAAAAGGUCGGCUUCAAGGGCACCAAGCGCAUGGCCAAGUACGGUCUCUUCGGCCUCUCCUCGCCCGACGCACCCAUUGAGCAUGCCUCCUUGCUGGACAUGACCAAGACGACCAAGGACCUCGGCAUUGCUGCUGGCGACUCUCUGCUUGUUGCCUGGAUUGGCGCAAGUGGUACGGCGGGUCCGGUCAAGGCGGUGAAGGCUGCUGCCGGUCCGUCGGUGACGGCUGUGGGAGACUCGUCCAAGGCUGAUAGUGAGGCUUCUCCUGAUCCUGAAGCCGUAGCCGGGGCCGAGGGUGUGGCUCUGGCUGAGGGUGAGGGUGAGGGUGAGGGUGUGGCCGAAGCUGUCGGUGUGGCCGAGGCCAAGACCGCUGCCGACGCCGCUGCCGACGCCGCUGCCGACACCGCCGACGCUACCGCCACCGCCGACGACACGCCCAAGAAGGGCAAGAAGAGCAAGAAGGGCAAGAAGGGCAAGAACGACAAGAAGGGGUCCAAGACGCCCAAGAAGGACAAGGCCGCGCCCGCACCCGAACCUGCAUCUGAGGCUGAGACCGAGCCCUCGACCGCUGCCGACGCCGCUGCCGACGACACGCCCAAGAAGGGCAAGAAGAGCAAGAAGGGCAAGAAGGGCAAGAACGACAAAAAGGGGUCCAAGACACCCAAGAAGGACAAGGCCGCGCCCGCACCCGAACCUGCAUCUGAGGCUGAGACCGAGCCCUCGACCGCUGCCGACGCCGCUGCCGACACCGCCGACGCUACCGACGACACGCCCAAGAAGGGCAAGAAGGGCAAGAAGGGCAAGAAGGGCAAGAAGGGCAAGAACGACAAGAACAACAAGAACGGCAAGAAGGGGUCCAAGACGCCCAAGAAAGACAAAAAGGGGAAGAAAACGCCCAAGAAGGACAAGGCCAAGGCCGGCGCCAUCGACCCGAACGCCGCAGAGGACAUCUCGCAGCUCAUUGCAACCGGCGGCGAGGACGAGGCGCCUGCCGACGCUCCCGAGCCCGCGGCCGAGAAGCCAAAGGCCGCGGUCAAGGUGACCAAAGGCGGCGUGACUCGCAAGAAGAAAGAGUACAAGAAGCGCAGUGACGAGUCGUUUACCGCCAAGCGCCGCGCCGAGAAGGAGAAGGUUGCGGCGGAAGCCGCGGCGAGCAGCGCCAAUGAGGAGAGCGGCAAGAAGGGCAAGAAGGGUAAGAAGGGUAAGAAGGCCGCCGCUGCCAUUGAUGCUGCAGCCGCACCCCUGACCCGCGAGGAGGAGGAGAUCCUCGAGGGACUGAGCGAGGCAGAGCUCGCGGAGCUCGCGCUCGAGCUCUCGGGCCAGAAGCCGGCGCUCAAGCCGUCGGUGGUCAAGCAGGUCGAGGCGAUGCCCAAGGCCAAGAUCGACCGCGACAAGCUGCGCGAAGCCCUCAUUGUUGAAGCCCUCGAGUCCACGAUUGGCAACGACUACGUCGUGUACAAGGGCCGCGACAAGGAUCUCAAAGACUGGGACGCCGUCGAGCGUAAGAAGGCCGCCGCCGCCGCCAAGAAGAAGUCGCGGCCGCGGACAAAGUCCGAGGUCGAGGUUGAGGACGCACUGGCGGCGCUCUCCGAGAGCGACCUCGCUGCGCUUGCGGACGACCUCGAUUUUAUGUAGACGGCGGUAAACGAGGCCCGUUUCCUUC